UGGCGUCGGAAUGGAAACCGGUACACCGAGGAAUACGUAGAGAUUCAUGGUGUUGCUGUCAUCCUGGAGAGAAAAAAAACAACAACAGAGGGCGGUCCUUUUUUGUGUUGUUUGUUUUCCUCGUCUGUCGUUUGAUAACACCUGCCGUGGAUGAAAUUUCAAUGGGUUGUGGAGGGAGCCGGGCGGACGCGAUUAUCGAGCCGAGGUACCAUGAAAGCUGGACGAGAGAGACGGAGUCAACGUGGCUCACCAACACCGACAUAGAAACCCCUCUGCCCGGAACAAACGGUAAGGGUCUGGAGGGCAGUCUGAAGGAGAAGAGGUUGGUUAACACAGGGACCCAGUGUGGGAAACAGCCCCUCACCACCACAGGGUCCAGCCACCAGAGAAGACCCCGGCGUUCCUUAAAUGAUGUACAGACCACCCGUGACUGCAAAAGGAGGGCAUCAAAAGAAGCCAAUGCUCCUACCAAGGAUGGCCAGCCCCUCAGUACCAAUGGUAGUGGAGCUACUGAUUCUGGGAAAGUGUGUGAUGAAAGAUGAAGAAGAAAGUCGAUAAGGAAGAUGGGAUGAUGGUUUACAUUGUAGUGUGGAUGAUGUGUGCCUGUGACUCAACAUGGUCUCUUGGCCAUCUUUUUGAGGGAUUUCUGACAUACACACAUGCACAUGUAUCCAUCCACAGACCUGGGGAUGCUGCAUCUUUGUUGUGCCAUUGUGUAUACGCACGUGUAAAAUGGAGACUUGCUGCUAAACAGUGCUCAUACACUCUACUGUGCUGUUUCCCAUGCUUAUGGUGCUGGCCAAGAAUUGUGUCUGUAGUGUUCAGUGAACAAUAAGAUAUUAACCGACAGACUAUAUAUGUAUGCACAUGAUAGUCUUAAUCUGCACAUCAUCUAAUUGCUUCAAUCAUGUAUGCAAGAGUACGCCCAUCUUGAAUGAAUGGAAUAGCAGCAGAGAAACCAAUGAUAAUGCUGUUCAAUCUUAGUAAAUGUAUUAUUUACUUUUAGAUGAACCUGAAGUGCUGUUCAGAUAUGGAGGUCCCGAAGUUUGAAACUUGAAUGCUGAGUGAGGACUAUUUUUAUACAGGGCUUUGGAAGUUAACAAAACAAAAUACCCGCAUGUGCCUAUAUGCCUUAUGUCAGUAUGACUUGCUCCUGUGCUCACCAUGACAGGGAAAUUAUUCUUUGUGCUCAGUCAGUGUCCGUUAGCUUACGUACAUGUUUAUUUGUCAUGUUAUAUAAUAUUACAUGGUAGUAACAUGAUAUUUUGCACCCUAUAGUAACAUCAUGGGUUAAUGAAAGUAGGCCAUUUAGCAUUUUCAAUGGUUUCAAAACCAUUUUCGGUGGUUUCAGUCCCAUUGUCCAGAAACUUGUGACGCAACAGUUUGAUGAGACUAAAAUAUUUUUUGUCCAUGCAUUUUACAUGAAUAUAAGGCAUGUGUUAAUGUAAU